AUGGAGGAGGAGGAGGCUGCGGGGAAGCUGCCGGGGGCCCCCCAGGCAGAUGAGGAGGAAAACUUUAGGAAGAGGUCCAAGCUCCACAGCCACCAGCUCAUCCACACUGGGGAACAGCCGUACUUGUGUGGGGAAUGUGGGAAGAGGUUCAGGAACAGCUCCAACCUGCUCCAACACCAGCGCAUCCACACUGGAGAACGGCCCUACAUGUGUAGGGAAUGUGGCAAGAGCUUCAGGGACAGCUCCAACCUCUGCAACCACCAGCGCAUCCACACUGGGGAACGGCCCUACAAGUGCUUGCAAUGUGGGAAGAGGUUUCAGCGCAGCUCAGAUCUCCUCGUGCACCAGCGGAUACACACAGACGAGAGGCCCUUCCGCUGCACCGACUGCGGGAAGAGCUUUAAACACAACUCCACCCUGGUCAACCACCGGCGCCUCCACACCGGGGAGAGACCCUACAAGUGUGGGGAGUGUGGGAAGACCUUCACCCACAGCUCUGCCUUGACCAAACACCAACGAACCCACCAGUAAGAGAAGCCCCACGAGUGCCUUGACUGUGGGAAGAGCUUCGGCCGCUGCUUCCACCCUGAAUGACCCCCCUGAU